CACACACAGAGGGUCUGCCUGAGGCCAGCAGGCUGCUACAGGCCGUAGACUUCUUUAUCCUUGGAACCAAACCAUCGUCUUCAUCUUUAUUGUGACUUGGAGGUUCAUGUUGGCAUACACGUCGUGAUGGCACAAAGGUAUGAAGAGCUGGUUCACUACAGCCUGGAUGGCUUGUAUGAAGACCUGAGAACCCCCCACCACCAUUACCAGCCCCGCCACCUGCAUGCUGUGUACCCGGUCGGAUCGUACCACAGUGACGCUGGAGAGGACAGGAGAGACCGGGACGCCAUCUACGGACAUCCUCUGUUCCCGCUGCUCACUCUGCUUUUUGGAAAGUGCGAACUGGCCACGUGCACACCCCGGGAGAGGAGCGAGGCCACGGGAGACGUCUGCUCGUCACGCUCCUUCAACGAAGACAUCAGCGUCUUCGCCAAACAGAUGACGUCAGAGAAGUUGUCAUGUAAUUCUGAGCUGGAUCAUCUGGUGAGUUUAUUAUCAUGUGAAGUAUGCACGUCAUGCUGUGCACGUUCCUUGCAGAUGAUCCAGGCCAUCCGUGUGCUGCGCUUCCACCUGCUGGAGCUGGAGAAGGUCCACGAUUUGUGUGACAACUUCUGCGGCCGUUACGUCAGCUGCCUAAAAGGAAAGCUGCCCACCGUCAGUGCGUCAUGUAAUCAUCCUGAUCAGGUGUCAUGGAGCAGAGAUGACGAGGACGUGGUCUCUUCAGGACUGCCCGCAUGUCACAGUGAUGACAACAGCAGUGAAGCAGGCAACGGUGCGGACAUAAGCGAUGAUGACGUGGACAAAGGGCGGCAACACAACAAGAAGCGGGGCAUCUUCCCCAAAGCGGCCACCAACACCCUGAGGGCGUGGCUCUUCCAGCACCUGGCACACCCGUAUCCUUCAGAGGAGCAGAAGAGACGACUGUCACACGACACACACCUCAGCGUCCUGCAGGUCAACAACUGGUUCAUCAACGCCAGGCGACGAAUUGUUCAGCCAAUGAUUGAUCAGUCCAACACUGCUGGUGAGUUAUUGAUGGUGAUCAUGAUCAAUAUGGAUUUAUCAGACAACGGUGUGUGUAAGUGUGUGGGUGUGUGUGUGUGUGUGUGUAUGUGUGUGUGUAUGUGUGUUGUAGCAGUGGUGGGUGGUGCUGCCAUGGCGAUGGAGGCCCAGUGGCAUUUCAUGUGACACAACCUGUCAGCAGUCUGAGGACCCCCCCCAACCCUGCCCACCCAACAAGGAAGUCUAAAAAGUGAGGACAACACAUCAGGAUGGAACAUGUGGUGACCUGUGAUGUCAUCAAGCGUCUCCUUCCAUCUGGACUACAAACAUGGAGGAUGUGAAGUCACAUGACACUGACCCCUCCUCCAGAGAGACAAAUAAACUACAGCUUUGAC